AUGCCUCUGGAAGACUGGGAUCUGGAAUUGGACACAUCAACACAAGACGGAAAGAACCUACAGCUAGCGGCCUCACAUCUCAAAUGCUCAGACAUUCCAGUCGCAUUUCCGACAGAGACAGUAUAUGGACUCGGGGCCGACGCAACUCGCAGUGCAGCAGUCAAGGGUAUCUACCAGGCCAAGCAGAGACCAUCUGACAAUCCUCUGAUCGUACAUAUCGCAUCACUUAAACAAUUGCGACGGCUGCUGUCUACGUCUAGCUCAUCGCCUGAAGUCGACCCUAUCCCACAAGUAUACCAUGCACUGAUUCAACGUUUCUGGCCUGGACCGAUCACCAUCAUUCUGCCAGUGCCAGAGAACUCUGAAUUGGCUCUAGAGGUCACAGCGGGACUGCGCACUUUCGGCGCCAGGAUGCCUCGUGAUUUGCUCGCACUGGCAUUGAUAAAGACUGCGGAUGUGCCCGUAGCAGCACCAUCGGCGAACGCUUCAACGAAACCAUCACCCACAGCAGCGGAACAUGUACGAUACGAUCUGGAUGGCCGCAUUGAGCUGAUUGUAGAUGGCGGCCCUUGCGACGUUGGCGUUGAAAGCACAGUGGUAGACGGAUUAAGUUCCCCUCCGGCAGUGCUCAGACCUGGUGGCAUAGGAAUCGAUUCGAUCAAAACAGUACCUGGUUGGGAGAACACGGUGGUAGGCUACCACGAUAUUUCAUUGAAAGGAGAUGCCGCGCCGAGGGCCCCGGGUAUGAAGUAUCGACAUUACUCACCAAAAGCACCUGUCAUGUUGGUGGAAGCUACAGGAGGCACGCAACCUUCUUCUUCAGAUCUAGCACGUCAACUAGGCUUACAUGCGGAGGAAGUUCAACUCGAAGAUGUUGGUAGAAGCUUCACUGUGUGGGACAUGUGCAUUGGGCCGGACACUGCGAGCGUGGCGCGUGGCCUCUUCUCAGCAUUGAGGGAACUGGAUCGCAAGAAUGUGGAUGCAAUUGUGGUUGAGGGCAUUGAUGACGAGGAAGGCGAUAUUGCGGCGGCUGUCAUGAACAGAUUGCGCAAGGCGGCCGAGGUCAAAGUCGUGCAGCUUUAAAGUCCUGCGGCGGACCAGGAUCGAAAUUGGAGAUUGCCAUGCUGACGCAUAGUAUUCGGAGUGAAUUCCGAAUCAGAAACUGGAGUAGCCGACUACAAUCCCUCUCAGUUGUCGUUACAGGCCACCCAAAUAAUAUAUCUACCAAGAAUAAAACAUUCCUAACAGAGCCAUACACUUGUCGCAUGAGUCUUUGACUUCAGGAGCGUUACCGGGUCACUAUUGCUAUAUCGUGCUCCAUUGAUUGCCGUAGCACAUCUCGAUCAGAUCCGAUGGUGAUACUAGUGCCCCGAAGAUACAUAUCUGCUGGUGUCUAGCAAGAGUCUCCAGCGUUUGACAACUCCGAGAUAUCGUUCUCGACGUACAUAACUGAAUGUGGCACGAUAGAGACGACUCUUCCAAGAUGCAAGAGAAAAGGAUUGUUCCAUCAAGCAAAGUGACGAAGUGUUCCCGAGGG